UAUUCGGAGCAGAAGAGUCGUUGGUUUAUGUGGUCGAAGUUUUGUUGUUUGGUCUGUGAAGUUUAAUACUGUACAAACAUGGCAGCAGAGGUAGUGGACGAUCAUGAGAUGAGGGAAGCCCAGCGGGAUUACCUCGACUUUCUGGAUGAUGAUCAGGAUGCGGGGAUAUACCAGAGCAAAGUGCGGGACAUGAUCAGCGAGAAUAAGUUCCGCCUCGUGGUCAACGUCAACGACCUGCGACGACGCAACGAAGCUCGCGCUGCCAAGCUAAUGAACAACGCUUUUGAUGAGCUCCUGGCAUUCCAGCGUGCGCUGAAGGACAUGGUCGCCUCCAUAGACGCCACCUUCGCCAAGCAGUUCGAGGAAUUCUUCGUCGGCCUGGAGGGCAGCUUCGGGAGCAAGCACGUGACCCCCCGCACGCUGACCUCGCGGCUUCUGGGCAGCGUGGUGUGUGUGGAGGGCAUCGUCACCAAGUGCUCCCUGGUGCGUCCUAAAGUAGUGCGCAGUGUCCACUAUUGUCCGGCCACCAAGAAGACCCUGGAGCGCAGGUACACGGACAUGACCUCGCUGGACGCCUUCCCGUCGAGUGCCAUCUAUCCAACCAAGGAUGAGGAGAGCAACCCUCUGGAGACCGAGUUCGGCUUGUCUAGCUACAAGGACCACCAGACCAUCACGGUGCAGGAGAUGCCGGAGAAAGCGCCUGCGGGUCAGCUGCCCCGCUCCGUGGACAUCAUCCUGGACAACGACCUCGUGGACUUGGCCAAGCCCGGCGACCGUGUGCAGGUGGUCGGCACCUACCGCUGCCUGCCAGGCAAGAAGGGCGGCUUCACCUCCGGCACCUUCAGGACCAUAAUGGUGGGCUGCCACUUAAAACAGCUGAGCAAAGAGGUCACGCCCUUCUUCUCUGCCGAUGAUGUGGUGAAGAUCAAGAACUUCAGCAAGUCUCGCACUAAGAAUGUGUUCGACCAGCUUGCGCGCUCCCUGGCCCCCAGCAUCCACGGUCACGAGUACAUCAAGAAGGCCAUUCUGUGCAUGUUAUUGGGUGGAGUGGAGAAGGUUCUGGAAAAUGGCUCGCGGAUCCGUGGAGACAUCAAUGUGCUUCUCAUAGGUGACCCGUCCGUGGCGAAGUCUCAGCUCCUGCGCUACGUCCUCUACACGGCUCCUCGUGCCAUCCCCACCACGGGCCGUGGCUCAUCCGGCGUGGGCCUGACAGCUGCUGUCACCACCGACCAGGAGACAGGCGAGCGGCGCUUGGAGGCAGGCGCCAUGGUCCUGGCUGAUCGGGGUGUCGUAUGCAUCGACGAGUUUGACAAGAUGUCGGACAUGGAUCGCACGGCCAUCCACGAGGUGAUGGAGCAGGGGCGUGUCACCAUUGCCAAGGCGGGCAUCCACGCCCGGCUCAAUGCCCGCUGUAGUGUCCUGGCUGCCGCCAACCCCGUCUAUGGCCGGUACGACCAGUAUAAGACCCCCAUGGAGAACAUUGGUCUUCAGGACUCUCUGCUAUCCCGCUUUGACUUGCUCUUCAUCAUGCUUGACCAGAUGGACCCCGAGCAGGACCGCGAGAUCUCCGACCAUGUGUUGCGCAUGCACCGUUACCGUGACCCCCGCGAACAGGACGGAGCAGCACUCGCUCUGGGCGGCUCGGUGGAUGUUUUGGCCACCAGUGACCCUGAUGUGUGUCAGGAGGAUGAGGAGGAGCUACAGGUGUAUGAGAAACACAACCACCUUCUCCAUGGCAACAGGAGACAGAGGGACCGAGUGGUGAGCAAAGAGUUCAUGAGGAAGUACAUCCACGUUGCCAAGGCACUGUCCCCUGUACUGACACAAGAAGCAGCCAGUCACAUCGCAGAAGAGUACUCCCGCCUCCGCAGCCAGGAGCAGCUCGGCUCAGACGUUGCUCGGACGUCCCCCGUCACGGCGAGGACGCUGGAGACGCUGAUCCGUCUUUCCACGGCCCACGCCAAGGCCCGUCUGAGCAAGUCAGUGGAGCUGGAGGACACAGAUGUGGCAGUGGCGCUUGUCCAGUUCGCCUACUUCAAAAAGGUUCUGGAGAAGGAGAGGAAGCGUGCCAGACAUGGAGACGGGGACACGACCUCCGAGGAAGAGGAAGAGGAGGAAGAAGCCCAGGACGCCAGCCGCCAGCCGAGGAAGAGGAGGCGCAGUUCAUCCACACGCAGGCCAUCCCAAGACAGUGGACCCUACGACCCGUACGACUUCACCACCGAAAAGGACAUACCUGCGAUCCAGUCUCCUGCUCCUAGCCGGCCCAGUGAGGAGGCCGUGGAGAUGCCUGAUCAGAAUGGUCACACCGAGCUGUCAGCGAACAGGCUAAAGGCGUUCAAAUCUGCACUACUGGAGGUUUUCCGCUCCACACACGCUCAGUCUGUGGGCUUUAAUGCUCUGAUGGACGCUGCCAACAAGAGAAGCUCCGCCCCCUUCACCCCAGCUGAGGUUCGUGCCGCCCUCGACCGCAUGCAAGACGACAACCAGGUGAUGGUAGCAGACGACAUCAUCUUCCUCAUCUGACGAGGAAGGUCUGAUGAGGAGAAGAGACGAGACGAAGCUCUGAGGCAGUAGGCCGGUGGCGGACCGAUGCGUGCGCAGGGCUUCUCUUGGGUCCACGUCAAAGGCGUGUUGAACUGCGUGUUUGUUUAAUUUUGGUCUUUUUUUCUUUCACAAAGCAGUUGCUGACUUGUACACAUUUAAUGGUGUCUAAUGAAGCGUCACAGGACUUCACGUAUUUUAGUCUAAGGGUCUGCAAAUCAGUCUGACAUCUCAACUUGGUUUUACUUAUUUUUAAGAAUGUGUCGAAACAUUGUAUAUAUUGUUGUUAAAAGGAAAGUUAGGUUUGUGUUUGGUGUCCCACUGAACAAAUGAAUAAAUAAUGUCAAAUGUUU